GACAGAGGAAGAAGUGUUGACGCCAUUUCAUUUCUCUCUUACCGGUUCUUUCUUUCCGACAAUUUAAUGUCCGUCCGUCCGUCCUAGUUAAAAACAGCUCGAAAUUCUUUUAAUGUUACCAGCGUUCUACCAUAUGGAGUUCUGGGUAUGUAGCAUUAGAUUACAAUCCGUUACAGCAGUCUCAAUAAAUUCCCAAUUUUUCCAUAAUUCCUGAGGGAUGGGCUACGUGGCACGCCCCUUCCACCCGACUAUUGAAUUGCAACGCCCAACGCUUGGAAUCCAGAUCAUCUUCACCGCCAAGACGGGGCUGUAUGUGUUGUGGCAUGCAGCAGCAGCAGCCAUGGAUCAUGAGGUGCCGGGAGCUUUUGGAACUAGUGCUAGUUUGGCUUUGAGAUUGGGGCAGACUAUCUUCUCUAUUGCGUCUCUGAUUUUCAUGUGCUUGGAUGUUGAGUUCUACAGUUAUACUGCCUUCUGCUUUUUGGUGACAAUCAUGGGUUUACUGGUACCAUGGAGCCUCUCGUUAGCAAUUGCAGACAUGAUCUGCAUAUUCUUCAGGCGUCCAGCUCUACAACCGGGACUGAUAUCCAUCCUCGUAUUGGGAGACUGGGUGCUCUCGUUUAUGUCUCUCGCUGCAUCCUGCUCGGCUGCAAGCGUGGCAGACUUCCUGCUCGCUUCCAGCGCCUCCUCCUGCAGCGCGUUCUUGUGCAACCGAUACCAACUGUCUGCUGCCAUGGCCAUCUUGUGUUGGUUUCUCGAAUUCAGCUCCUCGCUCUUCAACCUGUGGCUUCUUCCAUCUCUGUAAGUACUUUGACAGGCAGAAUUUCGAAAACAUCUUGCUCGGGGCAUCUCAUCUGGAAACCAAAUGUAAUUGCUUAUAGAAUUGUUCAGAACAUGAUGUCACUGCAGCAGAGUUUUAAAUCAGAUCAAUUUAACCUUUUUUUGUUCAUACA